ACCUCCAAUAUUACCUGCUGUCAAAAUCAUCAACCAGAUUUUAAAGCUAAACGGUUAAGAUUUGUAAGCCAAGGCUGUUUUUAGUAGAAGGAAUUUCAGGGUCUCGAAUCGCUUAUUUCUCUCAUCCUCACUCUUCGGUUACAUUCUUUUUGAAAAAAAAAAAAAGAAAAAAAAAAAAGAGACAAACUUUUCUUAAUUCACUUCGAACCCAGAAGAGGUACCUCAUCAAUAAACAGCCAGCGACACGAUUUCUGAAUAAAGAAAUUUGGAUGCAUCAAAAAUCCAUUAAGAAUUUUGACAAGCUUGUGAAAUGGAAGACGGUUACUAUAUUGGGAGGAGAUGGGAGGACCUGGACACUGAUAUUUUGGUGAAGAUUUUCCAGUCUUUUGACAUCCUUGAGUUAACUUCGGGUAUCGCUCAUGUCUGUAGUGCAUGGCGUAUGGCUUGCUGUGAUCCUCUGCUUUGGAAAACACUUGAUUUAUCAAUGAUGAAAUCGAAUUUCAUAAAAAUCCCAUUAGAGCCAUAUGUUUAUGUUGAUGGACGGUCUGAUAAGAUAUUAACCCGUCUAUUGAAGAUUUCUAUGAGUCUCAGCAGGGGAAACAUAACAACCUUGAUUUUCCAUUUCAACCUAUUCGUGAGUGAUGAACAGUUAACUUAUACUGCAGAAAGGUGCCCACAGCUCAGACGACUUGUUCUGCCGGCUUGGAACAGAAUAAAAAAGACUGGAAUAUGCAAGGCCAUUCGUGCAUGGAAAGAUCUUGAAUCCCUAACAAUGCCUGGAAUUGCAAAUCCUCCAUACCUCAUGGAGGAAAUUUCCAAGAACUGCAAGAACUUUAGAGAACUGAAGAUUAUGGGCCCUUGUGAUAAAUUCUUUGCUAGUACACUUGCUACAUUCCUUCCAACCUUGAAGGUCCUAAGCCUCCGAUGCUCAAUGCUAUAUAAGGAAGCUCUGAUCAUUGUCCUGGAUAGUUUGCCACACCUAGAAGUGCUUAACAUAUCACAUUGCCUUCUAAUAGAAGUCCUUCCACCUCCUGGACCUAAAAAAGUUGUUAGCGAAAUUGAUCAAUCUAUUAUUGAAAAGGCCUCUCGGUUACGCGAAUUUUUAACAUGCAUGAAUGACUCAUGCACUAUGUGCCAGCGAACCAAAAUUGAUGAAGGGCUCAUGAGGUGGUACAGAUACGAGGAAGGGCUGUGGAAAGCAGAUGAGGUGAGCUCUCUUGCACUUUGAUUAGAACAUGUGGAGAUUGUGUUUCCACAAAUUAGAAGCUGUAUCAUAUUUUCUCUUUAGUGAUUAUAUUUCUUUUAUGCUAGAAACAAAAUAAAAUGUUGCUGAAUAAAUAUAAAUGGCAGCCAUCUUUAUGGUCUUACUUGUGUUGCAAAAGACAUCCUCCCACAGGUAGGUUUGGUUUUGACACAUGAUUGACUUGUUUUUUGGGAGAGAACUAUUGAUGUAUGUGUCUGAAGUGUACAUAUUGUAAGUUCUUUUCUGUUACAAUAGGAUUCUCAAUUUUGGUCCACCACAUUUUUUAAUUAUGGUGUAAUGGGAAAAUUUUUGAGAUGAAUUACUUGUUGACAUUAUAGUGUUGCA